GGCUGUCUACCGUACACUCUUGUUAUUCGGACCUUCUCCGGUCCCGCUUAGGGUAACAAUAAUAAAAUAAAUAACUCAUCACUAUUACACUCACUCUCAAAAACUGCAUCUUUUCUGCUAACGCACUCCUUCACCGAGAAUAACCUGCAUUGUGUGUUUUCCUGAAUCUGGAUCCGUUCUUACCUUGUAAACUUUGCAUUUUUAUCAAAGAUGGUUCUUUAAAUUGGAGAAUUUGGAAUUGGAUCUUCGGCAUCUUUUGAACAGAAUUUAGCUAUUCCCUUUUAUCCUUGUACUGUGAGUUUUGGGUCAGGAUAGUUGUCAAGAAGAGGCAUUUUGUUGCGCAGAAGUGUGAGCAGAGUAAGCAUGUCAAGUAACAGUUGCACCCACUGGUGUCAUAGUUGUGGGCAACCCGUGAAUCUCGUUAAUGCUGUUUGCCCCAGUUGCCUUGGUAGUUUUGUUCAAGAGCUCGAUGACAUAAUGAGUAGUAGUGCAGAUUAUCAGAACCAGAGGCCGAGAUUUAUGGAAUCUGUCUCAAACUUUUUAAGACGACAAAUCUCUGCUAGAAGUAAUAUUUCUGAGAGAGGGAGAUCUGAUGGGAGUGCUGAACAAAGAAAUUUGUGGAAUCCCUUGCUGAUUUUCAGUGGUGAUACGCCUGUUCAGAUGCCUGGGGAUGGUGGAGUUGUGGAGUUUCUUAAUGAGGCUCUUGGCUUCCGACGAGAAAAUGGUGGUGAUUAUUUUGUUGGUCCUGGAGUGGAAGAAUUCUUUGAAGAAAUUGUCAAUAGCAAUCAGAGUGGUGCUCCUCCUGCCUCAAGAUCUUUAAUUGAUGCCCUGCCUACAGUCAAGAUAUUGAAAAAGGAUAUUAGAUCGGAUUCCCACUGCCCUGUUUGCAAAGAGAAAUUUGUACUAGGGACGCAGGCAAUAAAAUUGCCUUGCAAGCAUUUAUAUCACUCAUAUUGUAUAGUUCCAUGGCUAGAACAGCGGAGUUCAUGUCCUGUUUGUAGACAGGAGCUGAUACCUCAAAGAUCUGGCAAUGACCAUUCUUCUCGAAGCUCCAGAAGUCAAAGUAGAAGCAGCAGUUGGCGAUUAAGUGGUAGGGAGGACAGUUCUCAGAAUCAAGAAAGGCGGAGGCCAUGGUCGUUCCUCUGGCGUUUUGGCUCAUCUCAUUCUAGUUCCCCUAGUACUCCAGCUGCUGAAACCAGCUCACAGACCAGCCAUCAAUGCAAUCAUUACUCGGGCUACUCUAACUGGCCAUUUGAAUAACAAGGUUUAUCUAAAAGUAACCUGUUUUAUUUUCACAUUCUUUGUGAUCAUAAUGUUCUGCCUCUGGUUGAACUUACUAUUUCUCAUUUUAGAAAAAAAAACGCCUUAUGUAUUUACAUGCUUGUAAUGUACAUUUGAAGUUUUUCAUGUGUUUCUGAUGACUCCCUCUUGGAAAAAGCUACUUUCAUCA